AUGGACGCCCUGCACUACGACUCGAUGGCCAUUGAUGGGGAGCCGGAGCAGCCCCAGGUGAAAAUCUCAGCGGCCGACAGCACGCGCGUGGACUUUGAGCUCUCGAGAACCAACCUGCCCUUCGCCAACGCCCUGCGACGAGUCAUCCAGGCCGAAGUGCCCACAAUCGCCAUCGACCUGGUGGAAAUGGAAGUCAACAGCUCUGUCCUGGCCGACGAGUUCAUCGCACAUCGGCUCGGCCUCAUCCCCCUCGACUCCAAGGGGGUCAACGAACUCAACUACUCCCGCGACUGCGACUGCGAGCAGUACUGCGAGCAAUGCAGCGUCAGCCUCACGCUGCACGCGAAAUGCACGAGCGACGAAAUCAUGAAGGUCUACGCCCGCGAUCUGGUUGUCGACGGACGCCAUGCGAACUCUGUCGGAAGCCCCAUCAUUACCGACCCCGACGGGCUGGGAUGCCUGAUUGCCAAGCUGCGCAAGGACCAGGAAUUGAAGAUCACUUGCAUUGCCAAGAAGGGAAUUGCAAAGGAGCACGCAAAAUGGAUGCCAACGUCGGCGGUUGGCUUUGAAUACGACCCUCACAAUAAGCUGCACCAUAUGGAUAUGUGGUUUGAGAAUAACACAGAUCCAGAAAAGGAGUGGCCCAAGAGCAAGUAUGCCGAAUGGGAGGAGCCGCUUCAAGAGGGCGAGCCCUUCGAUUAUGACGCAGUGCCCAACCGCUUCUACUUCGAGGUGGAAGCGUCGGGAACCAUGGAACCCGACCUGAUCAUCCAGGGCGGCAUUCGAGUCCUGCAACAAAAGAUUGGUGCUCUGCUGAAGGGGCUCGACCCGAGGAAAUACGGCGGCGACGACGCCGACAUGGACGGGCCUCGGAGUCCCGACAUGAACAUGGACGGCGGCACUACGCCAUGGCAAGAUGGCGGAUACACGACUCCUUAUGGGAACAACACGGCGUAUGGAGGCGGCAAUACGGCUUACGGGGGAGGUACUUCAUACGGUGGUAACGCCACGGCCUAUGGAAGCAACACGGCAUAUGGCGGCGGCUCGACAGCGUAUGGAGGAUCGGGCGGCUCGGGCUACGGUUCGGGACCGUAUAGCCAGGGCAACGCUUGGCAGUAA